AUGUCGAUACCAAAGAGGCAAAACUACUUGUUUAUCGACUACAACAACAGUGGUGACGAAAGCAGUAAUAGCACCAGCGAUGAUAGUAGUAGUGAUGAAGAAGACUCAAUUUUCUUGGGUGAUGUCGACGAAUUUAUGGCAGAGGUUGAGUCUAAAAUUCAUCCUCACUUCAGGGAAAUCGCUGCGUCUAUUAAAAAAGAUGAUGUCUUUGGCCUCAGUGUUGCCCUAGAUAAUUUCAAUGGAAAUAUUGAUGAAGAUUUGAUAGACGGAGAAACUGCUCUUCAUUAUGCAUGUCAAUAUUACCGUCGAUCCUGUUUCGAGUUACUACUUCAACGGAAUGCCAAUAUAGAGGUUACAAAUACAGUUGGAUCAAUUCCUCUUCACAUUGCUUGUGGAUUAGGUUCGUUUAGGAUGGUUCAAACUAUACUCAAUUCUACUACUAAUCGAGAUAUUAUAAAUAGAAUGGUUCAAUCGGUUAAUAGGUUUGGUGAAACGCCUCUCCAUGAAGCUGUAGUUGGUAGAAAUAUUAAUGUUAUUAAAUUAUUGUUUAACGUUGGAGCUAAUACUAAUAUAAAUGGUAUAAAUAAAAUGUUAAAAUCUGUUGAUAUAUCUGGAAGAACGCCUCUUCAUCAAGCAGCAAUUUAUGGAAAUGCUAGAGUAGUAAAAUUGUUAUUAGAAUGUGGAGCUCGUACUGAUAUAACAAAUUAUGAUGGAAAGAUUCCAUGGGAUUUGGCUAAACCUAAUUCAAACAUUAGAAGAAUACUAGAGGAUGAUGAAGAUUAA